AUGUCCUUCGUACUCGAACCGGAGAUUCCUCAUGUAGCGAAUAUCUUCAUUGACGAUGUAGCUAUUCGAGGCCCGAGUACAAGAUACCUCCGAGAGGAUGGUUCACCUGAGACUCUCGCGGAGAAUCCGGGAAUCCGCCGUUACAUCUGGGAACAUGCGUUGGAUGUGCACCGAGUCAUGCACCGGAUCAAGAGCGCCGGAGCCACGUUUGCACCCAAUAAGGUUCAGAUGGCACAGCCCAAGGCGCUUAUAGUUGGACAAGUCUGCUGUAAGGAAGGACGUCUUCCGGAUGAUGACAAGGUUCAGAAGAUCCUCUCUUGGCCACCGCUCCGCACCCCGAAGGAAGUACGUCAGUUUCUUGGAUUGUGUGGC